UCCUGCGCAACACCGGAGCAUCGGAGUCCUGGUCGGGAGGAGCCGUUCACUUGGCGCGCACGGGAAACGCUAUAGCAUCUGGCUGUCGGAUAGCUUGGCGUCAACACUGAUGCUCUAGUAAAGGUACUCUGGCGUACUGAACGAGAGAGAGAGAGGAAAGAGAGCGAGAGCGCGGGAGAGCACAAACAGAGCAGGAUGUGGCGUGCACGGGUCAUCGUCUUCCUACUGGCAGCCACUUCUGUCACCUACGCCAAGGUGGCUGUGUUGCCGCACGAUGUCUAUCCUGGUUACGAGGUGACGCAAUUCCGGCGCGAUGCAAGUCGUGCCUCGAACUUCCGUCUUCUGGAGACCGGUUUCUCCAAGUACUUCACCGUGCUGGGUAACGGCCUGGUGAUGACGACAUCGGACCUGACGCCGUUGGUGGAUCGCUCGGUGAACCUGAUCGUUCUGGAAGAGCUGGCCAACGGCACGCAGACCCACGAUCUCCAUCUCUACGUCAUCAAUCGCCGAAACAUGCUGACCUUCUCGCACGAUCGUCUGGGCGAGGGUGAAGUGCCGGAGAACUCGUCGGUCGGAACGCGGAUAGACGGCUUUCCGGUUCUGCGGGCGCGCGGAAACUUUCCGGUUCACUAUAAGAUCUUGCCGAGCGAUAACGGAGAACGGCCCUUCGCUUUACGAGAGAGCGAGUCCGAUGAAACCGGCUUCAAUCUCACCCUGAAGAGUCAGAUGCAGGGCGUCAGGGUGGUCACGGCGAAACCUUUGGAUCGCGAGAUUCGCGGGAUCUACACCGUCGUGAUACACGCGUCGGACGGUAACUUCCUCAGCACGUCGAAGAUCAGCGGGAUUGUUCACGUGCUCGAUCAGAACGACAACAGUCCCAUCUUCGAACGUCAGCUAUACAUCUUCGAGAUCAGACCGACCAACUUGGACAUCUUGCGCAAAGGCAACGUGGCGCAACCGGGCUGGAAGAGGUUCUCCACCGUGGGCAAGGUCACGGCCAAGGACGCCGACGGGGACAAGGUUGCGUACAAGUUGGUCACGCCUAACAGCCUGCUGAUCGUCGUACCGCAAACCGGUGAAUUGCUGCUGACCGGCGAGCCGGAAGUCAAUCCAGAGCAGGACAGCGAGUGCGAAUUGAUCGUCGAGGCACACGAUCUACGCAUGCCGAGCCGCAGCACCGAGAAACCGGCCAAGGUUAUCGUGAGGUUCCUCACCUCGGAACCGGACGACGAUCCACCGGAAGUACAUCGUAUACAGAAGAGAAGAGUCACCAGAGCGGUGCGGCCGACAAAGAAAGUCGAUUUCACGGAGGCGGACGGGAAUAUCGAGGGCAAGAUUGCAUUUUAUCUGGAGAAGGAAAACGAGAAGGAAACCUAUAAGAUAAGAGAUGAGAACAAGUGGGUCACCGUGGGUGCCAACGGAUCCGUAAUGGUAAAACAGAAGUGGGACUACGAGGAAUUGGGCCCGGAAAAGACUAUCGACUUCUGGGUUACUAUUACGAACACAGGUACAGAGCCGUGCGCGCGAUAUCCACCCGGUGUCUCGUGCCCAUUUUACGAUGGAUUUCAAUAUACCGACAAUCAGCGCGUUAUCAUCAACAUGAAGGAUGUGAACGACGAGCCUCCCUAUUUCAUUAAUCGGCCACUACCGAUGCAAACGGUCGUUCAGCUGAACGCACCACCGAACACUCACGUGUUCACCCUUCAAGCCAGGGAUCCUGACACCGACCACAACAUCCAUUACUUCAUCGUGCGAGAUCGAACUGGCGGUCGCUUUGAGGUCGAUGAGAGAUCAGGAGUAGUACGUACUCGAGGUACCGACCUCUUCCAGCUGGAUAUGGAGUACGUCCUUUAUGUGAAAGCUGAGGAUCAGAACGGCCGUAUCGACGAGAGGCGUUUCCAGUCGACUCCUGAGGAGAGACUAUCGAUCGUCGGUGGAAAACGCGCACCGCAGUUCUAUAUGACGGCGUACGAGGCUGAGAUACCGGAAAAUCAGAAGAAAGACUCCGACAUAAUAUCGGUGAAAGCCAAGUCUUUCGCUGAUCGGGAGAUACGCUACACGCUGAAGGCGCAAGGUCAAGGAGCCGCGGGUACAUUCAACAUCGGUCCGACUUCUGGAAUUGUAAAACUUGCAAAAGAACUGGAUUUUGAGGAUCUGCGGCAGCCCCACAUUUAUUCUCUGAUAGUAACAGCGACAGAGGACUCUGGUGGUUUCUCGACAUCGGUCGAGCUAACGAUUCGAGUGUCGGAUGUAAACGACAGCCCUAAAUUUGAACUACCGGAUUACCAAGCUCACAAUGUCGACGAAGAUAUUCCACUGGGCACGAACAUAUUAAAAGAUAAAGCUCACAUUCGUGAACCCUCGAAGACCGGCACAGCGACAGUGCGGAUAUACACGAAGAAUAAAAACGACGAGGAACCAAAGUUCUCUCAGCAAGUUUACACGCCUAACGUCGACGAGAAUGCCGGACCGAAUACUUUGGUCACCACCGUAGUCGCUUCCGAUAAGGACGGCGAUAACGUGCGCUUCCGGUUCGUCGGCGGGAACACCACAUCGGGACAAUUCGUGAUUGAGGAGAUCACGGGCGUAAUUCGUCUUCACGGGAAAGAAAUCUCUUUAGAUAGAGACAAAUACGAGCUGAAUGUCACGGCUCUAGACGACGGGGCAUGCUGUCCUAACGGCGAUAAAACCAUUCAUACCAGCACUGCGGUCGUCGUAGUCUUUAUAACCGACGUGAAUGACAAUAAGCCGGUCUUCAAGGAUUGCGGGAUGUAUUAUCCGAAAGUGGAGGAAGGUGCGCCAAAUGGCAGCACGGUCAUUAAAGUUCAGGCGACUGACGAGGAUAAAGGUGUCAAUGGACAAGUCAAGUAUUCGAUCGUGCAACAGCCUAAUCAGAAAGGCACAAAGUUUACCGUUGACGAAGAAACCGGCCAGGUCUUAACCAAUAAGGUGUUCGAUCGCGAAGGCGAUGAUGGAAAAUUUGUAUCCGUCACCGUUAAGGCGACGGAUCAGGGCGAACCCUCGUUGGAAGGUGUUUGCUCAUUUACCGUCGAAAUAACGGAUGUGAACGACAACCCGCCACUGUUCGACCGACAGAGAUAUGUGGAAAACGUAAAGCAGGAUGCGAGCAUUGGAACGAACAUAUUAAGAGUGUCGGCAUCCGACGAGGAUGCUGACAACAAUGGCGCGAUCGUGUACUCGCUGAGCUCACCCAACAACCAGCAGAAUCUGGAGUACUUUGAGAUCCAACCAGAGUCUGGUUGGAUCGUGUUAAAGAAGCCUCUAGACGAGCAGGUGGGAACAACAUUUUUUGAGCCCCACGUACGGUGUACUUCAACCUCUACGCAUUUUGUGGGCUGUUUUCCACGCGAGACGUACAAGCUGGAGGCGAUGGCCAAAGACAGGGGCUACCCACCCUUGUCGCGAACGGUGGAGGUUCAGAUUGACGUUGUGGACCGUGCGAAUAAUCCGCCCGUAUGGGACCACGUAGUGUAUGGCCCGAUCUACAUUAAAGAGAACAUGGCCGUCGGGGCUAAAGUUGUGUCUAUUAAAGCCAGCUCUGGAAUCGACAAUAAUCCGACGGUCUUUUACCACUUAAUGCCCGGUUCCACGGCGCAGACGAACAAGUUUCAUACAUUUUACCUUCAGCAACGCGCCGAGCAAUCGACAACUUGGGCCGACAUUAAGGUUAAUCAUCCGUUGGACUACGAGAGCAUAAAAGAAUACAAUCUCACCAUACGAGUGGAGAAUAAUGGAGCUCAGCAGUUGGCUUCCGAGGCAACCGUGUACAUCAUGCUGGAGGAUGUUAACGACGAGAUACCACUGUUCACCGAACGAGAACAGGAAACCGUACUCGAGGGUGAACCAGUGGGCAGCAAAGUCACCCAGGUGAACGCCAUCGACAAGGAUGGAACAUUCCCCAAUAACCAGGUCACAUAUUACGUGGUAAACAGCGAUAGGAACGAGGGCAAGGAUUUCUUCGAGAUCAACAGGGAAACCGGCGAGAUCUUCACGAAAAUAAUGUUCGAUCGCGAGAAGCAGGGUGCUUAUGCUUUGGAAGUGGAGGCCAGAGACGGAGCAGCUUCCGCACGACCUAACAGCAAUGGCCAACCUAACUCAGUAACAAAAUUCAUUCGCAUUGGGAUAGCCGACAAGAACGAUAAUCCCCCAUAUUUUGACAAGGGCCUCUACGAGGCUGAGGUAGAUGAAAAUGAAGACAUUCAGCAUACGGUGCUCACCGUCACCGCCAAAGAUCACGACGAGUCCUCGCGUAUUCGAUACGAGAUCACGAGCGGGAACAUAGGCGGUGCAUUCGCCGUGAAAAACAUGACCGGCGCCAUUUACGUCGCGGGUGCGUUGGACUAUGAGACGAGGAAGAGGUAUGAGCUUCGGCUUACUGCCUCCGACAACUUGAAAGAGAAUUACACAACGGUUGUAAUUCACGUGAAAGACGUAAACGACAACCCGCCCGUCUUCGAGCGGCCAAAUUACAGAACACAAAUUACCGAAGAGGACGACAGGACUUUGCCGAAACGCGUUCUUGGGGUCACCGCGACCGAUGGGGACAAAGAUAGACCGCAAAACAUUGUCUACUUCUUAACUGGGCAAGGUAUCGAUCCUGACAAUCCUGCGAACAGCAAGUUUGAUAUCAACCGCACGAGCGGAGAGAUCUUUGUUUUAAAGCCAUUGGACAGAGAUCAACCGAACGGCCGGCCGCAGUGGCGGUUCACCGUGUUUGCUCAGGACGAGGGUGGAGAGGGUCUCGUGGGUUACGCCGACGUCCAAGUUAACCUCAAGGACAUCAAUGACAACGCCCCGAUAUUCCCGCAGGGUGUCUACUUCGGCAACGUUACCGAGAAUGGCACCGCAGGAAUGGUGGUGAUGACGAUGACAGCCGUGGACUACGAUGAUCCAAACGAAGGCACGAACGCAAGGCUUAUCUAUUCCAUCGAGAAGAAUGUCAUCGAGGAGGAAACUGGCUCACCUAUUUUUGAAAUUGAAUCGGAAACUGGCGUGAUCAAGACCGCUGUAUGCUGCUUAGAUCGAGAACGCACUCCGGAUUAUUCUAUACAAGUUGUGGCAAUGGAUGGAGGGGGGUUAAAGGGUACCGGGACGGCAUCGAUACGGGUCAAAGACAUAAACGACAUGCCACCGCAAUUCACGAAGGACGAGUGGUUUACCGAAGUGGAUGAGACGGAAGGACCAGAUCUGCCAGAGAUGCCGAUACUCACUGUAACCGUGCACGACGAGGACGAAACCAAUAAAUUCCAAUACAAGGUAAUCGAGAACAGUGGUUAUGGUGCCGACAAAUUUACUAUGGUACGAAAUAACGAUGGCACAGGAUCAUUGAAAAUUGUGCAAUCGUUGGAUUACGAGGACCAACUGCAGAGUAAUGGCUUUAGGUUUAGGAUACAAGUGAAUGAUAAGGGCGAGGACAAUGAUAACGACAAAUACCAUGUAGCCUAUUCCUGGGUAGUCGUGAAAUUGCGAGAUAUCAAUGACAAUCAGCCACAAUUCGAGAAAGCCAAUAUUGAGACUACCGUGCCAGAGAAUGCCCGUAUAGGCAGUAGCCUAGAAACAUUCAAGGCCACUGAUCCAGAUCAAGGUGGUAAGAGCAAGGUUUCCUACUCCAUUGACAGAAGCUCCGAUCGAAAGAGACAGUUCUUCAUCAAUGAAAAUGGCACUGUAUCGAUACAGAGGAGUCUUGAUCGCGAAGAAACUCCUCGGCAUCAGGUUAAAAUUUUGGCGAUCGACGAUGGAAUACCACCUAAAACCGCGACAGCUACUCUGACAGUUGUUGUACAAGACAUUAACGACAAUCCGCCGAGAUUCCUCAAGGACUAUCGUCCAGUUUUACCGGAAUACGCGCAAACCAAAAAGGUCGUCGAGAUUCUCGCUACCGAUGACGAUGAUCGAUCGAGAAGCAACGGCCCUCCGUUUACUUUCCGCAUGGAUCCCAAUGCAAACGAUGUUAUCAGAGCUAGCUUCAAAGUUGAGAGCGAUAACAAGGGAGCGAAUGGAGAUGGAAUGGCUGUAGUAUCAUCUUUGCGAUCCUUUGAUAGAGAACAACAAAAGGAGUUCUUAAUUCCUAUUGUCAUCAAAGAUUCCGGGAAUCCUUCUAUGUCUGGGACCAGUACCUUGACGGUUAUUAUAGGGGAUGUUAACGAUAAUAAAAUGCAACCGGGCUCCAAGGAAAUCUUUGUAUAUAACUAUGCAGGACAAUCACCGGAUACUGAGAUAGGUAGAGUAUACGUGUACGAUCUAGACGAUUGGGAUCUGCCGGACAAAAAAUUCUACUGGGAAGGAUUAGAGCACGCGCAAUUUAAGCUCGACGAAGAUUCGGGAAUGAUUUUCAUGAAAUCCGGCACACACGACGGCAAAUAUCAUCUGAGAUUUAAGGUUUACGAUCGGAAGCAUACGCAAACGGAUGUGCCCGCCAACGUGACUGUCACUGUUAAAAGUAUUCCGCAUGAGGCAGUACUAAAUUCAGGCUCGGUUCGAAUAGCCGGGAUAACAGAUGAGGACUUCAUUCGAGUCUGGAAUUAUCAGAAUCAAACUCUGUCACGAAGCAAAGCGGAUCUAUUUAGGGACAAACUGUCGCAUCUGUUGAAUAUAGACAGAGAAAACGUGGACGUUUUCAGUGUGCAAUUAAGGAGAGUACAUCCACCAUUAACAGACGUUAGAUUCGCCGCACAUGGUUCCCUGUACUAUAAACCAGUCAGGCUUAAUGGCAUUGUGCUUAUGCAUCGCGAAGAGAUCGAGAAAGAUGUGGGUAUCAACAUAACUAUGGUCGGCAUCGACGAAUGUUAUUACGAGAACGAGAUGUGCGAGGGGAGCUGUACAAACACCCUCGACAUUAGCAAUUUGCCAUACAUGGUGAAUGCGAAUAGGACCGCACUUGUUGGCGUACGCGUGGAUGUAAUAGCCGAGUGUACCUGCGGAGCGCGGAAUUUCAGCAAGGGUGAAUCCUGCAGAAACAGCCCCUGCUAUAAUGGCGGACGCUGUGUGGAAGACCGGUUUGGAUUAUCGUGUCAAUGUCCAUCUGGCUAUAACGGUCCGAGGUGUCAACAGACCGCCAGAAGUUUUCGAGGCAAUGGUUGGGCAUGGUAUCCUGCUUUGGAAAUGUGCGAUAACAGCCACUUGAGCUUCGAAUUUAUUACGAGAAAGUCUGAUGGAUUAUUAUUGUAUAAUGGUCCGAUUGUUCCUCCCGAAGUCGAUGAAAUAAUGGUUUCUGACUUCAUUUCGGUCGAAUUGGAACGCGGAAUACCGAGGCUACUGAUCGACUUUGGAUCCGGCACUUUAGAAUUAAAAGUGAAACCAAAGAAAACCUUGGACGACGGCGAGUGGCACCGACUUGACAUUUUCUGGAAUACAGAGACCGUGAAGCUCAUCAUCGAUUAUUGCAAAUCCGCGGAAGUGUCCGAGCUGGAAGACGGAAGUCCGCCAGAAUUCAACGAUACUACCUGCCAAGCCACAGGCACGAUACCGCCGUUCAACGAGUACCUGAACGUGAACGCACCGCUACAGAUCGGCGGUCUUUACGUGGAGCAAUUCGACCCGACGCACUACAAAUGGAAGCACAUGCCAGUGGGCAAGGGUUUCGACGGCUGCAUUAAGAAUCUCUUUCACAACAGCAAACUGUACGAUCUCGCACAUCCGGGUCUCUCGCGGAACAGCGUUGCUGGUUGCCCGCAGACAGAGGAGAUCUGCAACAAUCAAGAAUCGACCUUCCGCUGCUGGGAACACGGCACUUGCGUGGGCAGCUUCACCGAGGCGAGAUGCCAGUGCAAUCCAGGCUGGACUGGUCCCGGAUGCAUGACACCGACAAUCCCGACCACCUUUAAGCCUCAGAGCUACGUCAAAUACGCACUGUCCUUCGAACCGGACAAAUAUUCCACCCAGGUGCAACUCAGAUUCCGCACCCGAGAGAUUCACGGUGAACUGUUCCGAGUGAGCGAUCAACACAACAGGGAAUACGCCAUUUUGGAGAUCAAAGACAGCAGACUGCACUUCAGGUAUAAUCUGAAUAGUCUUAGGACAGAAGAGCGAGAUAUUUGGCUUUCAGCAAUCGCAGUUGAUGAUGGCCAAUGGCAUACGGUUAGAGUGUCGAGAUAUGGAUCCGCUGCAACUUUGGAGUUGGACGGUGGCGAAGGACGAAGAUUCAAUGAAACUUUUUCCUUCGAGGGCCAUCAAUGGCUCCUCGUCGAUAAACAAGAAGGUGUCUACGCGGGUGGCAAGGCGGAAUACACUGGUGUCCGUACAUUUGAAGUAUACGCGGAUUAUCAGAAGGGUUGUUUGGACGAUAUAAGAUUAGAAGGAAAACAUCUUCCACUACCGCCAGCCAUGAACGGAACUCAGUGGGGUCAAGCAACGAUGGCGCGAAACCUGGAAAGAAAUUGUCCAUCGAAUAAACCGUGCGCCAAUGUCAUUUGUCAGGAUCCAUUUGAAUGUAUCGAUCUCUGGAACGAAUACGACUGCACUUGCGGAGAGGGAAGAAUUCCUUCACCAGAUAACAAAGGAUGCAUGGACAAGAACGAGUGCAUUGACUAUCCCUGCCUAAACGGUGGCAGAUGCAUCAAUCAGGACCCGCGAUUCCGAUACCGAUGCAUUUGUCCUGACGGUUUCUGGGGCGAGAAUUGCGAACUGGUCCAAGAAGGUCAAACGCUCAAAUUGAGCAUGGGAGCAUUAGCGGCGAUUCUCGUCUGUCUGUUAAUCAUUCUUGUUCUCGUGUUGGUAUUCGUUGUUUAUAACAGAAGACGAGAAGCGCACAUAAAGUAUCCCGGUCCAGACGAUGAUGUGAGAGAAAAUAUCAUCAAUUAUGACGACGAGGGUGGCGGAGAGGACGACAUGACCGCAUUCGAUAUCACACCUUUGCAGAUCCCAAUUGGUGGCCCGAUACCGGAAAUGAGUGGCAAACUGCCUCCGUGUAAAAUAGCCUAUCCACUUGGACCGGAGCCGAAUGUGGGCGUUUUUAUCGAGGAUCAUAAGAAGAGGGCUGAUAGUGAUCCAAACGCACCACCCUUCGACGAUUUACGGAAUUACGCCUAUGAAGGUGGCGGAAGCACCGCGGGGUCUUUAGAGUCAUUAGCUUCCGGUACGGACGACGAGCAACAUGAGUACGAAUAUUUAGGUGCCUGGGGCCCAAGAUUCGACAAACUGGCCGACAUGUACGGUCCCGCGGAAGAGAGCGAGGAGGAGGAAUAAUCAGCCGGGCAUAAAGCAAAAUCUCCAAACGACGUCACAUCGAGUCACGCGAUUCAUAUCAUCCGAGUGGGCGUUCGUGACGCCCUAAUCGAGACGACCUGAUCCGUCACCUGAUCGCCAUCGCGAACAUUCGAAGGAUCUCAAGGGAAAGGAAGAGUAUGCCUCCCCCUCGCCAGGAGUGAUGAAUCCUCAACGAACGGCGAGAGACAACUUCCUCGUAGUUGUGCAGCUAGUGAAAGUACUAAUUACACGUGCUUGUCGCACGUAUCGCGUCAUGCCGCAUAUUAUGUCAUCCGCGGUGCGUGCGUACAACACGCACAGACAUGCACGUCAUACUUCGGGGUCGAAGGUGCAAAAGGAACGUUGCAAUAACGCGACGGCACACGUAGAAAGAUGGUAAACGAGAAGGCGGAGAAGUCGCAGCAUAUACCUAUCUGUAUAGUACGUUAUACGUAAAAAAAAAAAA